UGCCGGUGGGCUACCGCGCGCCCAUGGUGCUGCCGCACCAGGCCGCGUACGGGGCGCCUGCGGCCGUGUACUGGGCGCCCGCGCCAUCGGGGCCUUCAGUCUCCUUCUCGCCUGCGCCUCGUGCGGUGGCGGUCACCAUCCGGGCGCCUCCUCCCUCGGCGUCGGCUGCUCCGGCUCCGGCUCCGCGGCAGGUGGCGCAGGGCGUCCCCACGCGGGCGUCCGAGCCGGCCUCCUCCGCGCCGUCUGCCGCGGCGCUGGCGAAGGAGGUCGAGAAGAAACUGUUCGUGUCCGAGACCGCGCUGGCGCCGCCGGCUGCGGCUGCUGCGGCGGCCGCGCAGGGAGCCGCUGCCUCUGACGCGGAGGACGCAUCGGACGUGGAUCUGGCGCCGGUCUCCAAGAAGGGGCUCGCGCACCCUGCUCGGCCGGGCGUCGGCACCGUCGGCAAGAGUGUGAAGGUCCGCGCGAACCAGUUCCUCGUCGACGUCGCCGACAACAACCUCUUCCACUACGAUGUUGCCAUUAAUCCCGAGCCAAAGUCAAGAGCAACGAACAGGGAAGUUCUUAAUGAACUCAUCAAGUUGCAUGGGAAGUCAACUCUGGGUGGCAAAUUGCCUGCCUAUGAUGGACGGAAGAGUCUGUAUACUGCUGGUUCGCUUCCUUUUGAUUCAGAGGAGUUUAUGGUUACCCUGGUUGAUCCGGAAAAGAAGGAGAAAGAAAGGGUGGAGAGAGAAUACAAGAUCACAAUUCGAAUUGCUGAAAGAACAGACAUGUACCACCUUCACCAGUUUCUGCGUGGAAGACAGAGGGACAUGCCUCAGGAGACCAUACAAGUACUUGAUGUUGUCCUCAGGGAGUCUCCGUCUUGGAAUUAUGUUACAGUAUCCAGAUCCUUUUUCUCUACUACUUUUGGUCACAGAGGAGACAUCGGCGAGGGGCUUGAGUGUUGGAGAGGUUACUACCAGAGCCUACGCCCAACACAAAUGGGGCUUUCACUGAAUAUAGAUAUAUCCGCAACAUCAUUUUUUAAGCCUGUGACAGUGAUCAAAUUUGUGGAGGAGUUCCUCAGCAUACGUGAUACCUCUCGGCCUUUGUCAGACAGAGAUCGUGUGAAGAUAAAGAAAGCACUACGUGGAGUUCGUAUUGAAACAAAUCAUCAACAGGACCAGAUUAGAAGAUACAAGAUAACUGUGGUUACUUCCAUGCCUAUGAGCCAGCUGAUAUUUCCUGUUGAUGAGAAAGGAACUAGACAGACAGUUGUGCAGUACUUUUGGGAAAAAUAUAACUACAGAUUGAAGUAUGGUUCUUGGCCCUGUCUUCAGGCUGGCAGUGAUAUGCGGCCCGUAUAUUUGCCUAUGGAGGUUUGCAAGAUUGUUGAGGGGCAGAGAUACUCUAAGAAGAUGGUUCUGCAUAACAAUUACGUGGAGGAUAAGUUUGCUCAGGAAUUUGGCAUCAAAGUCUGCAAUGACCUUGUUUCUGUUGAAGCCCGCGUGCUGCCUCCACCCUUGUUGAAAUAUCAUGACUCUGGUAGGGAGAAAACUUGUGUGCCAAGUGUUGGACAAUGGAACAUGAUCAAUAAGAAAAUGAUCAAUGGAGGAACUAUUGAUAACUGGACUUGUUUGAACUUUUCACGCAUGCCUCCUGAGGAGGUACAGAGGUUCUGUAUGGAUCUGACUCAUAUGUGCAAUGCCACUGGAAUGAAUGUCAUUCCACGUCCAUUUGUUGAAGUCAAGUCAGCUGGUCCUAACCAUAUAGAGAAUGCUUUGAGAGAUGUACACAGGAGGGCCACACAAAUGGUUGCCCAACAGGGAAUGGGAAAUCAGCUACAGCUUCUAAUUGUAAUUCUGCCUCAAGUUAGUGGUUCUUAUGGAAAAAUCAAAAGAGUCUGUGAGACUGAAAUCGGAAUUGUAUCUCAAUGUUGCUUGCCAAAAUAUCUGGAAAAUGUUGCACUCAAAAUCAAUGUCAAGAUUGGAGGGCGCAACACAGUUCUUGAGCGAGCCUUUGUACACAAUGGCAUACCCUUUGAAGUCCCAACUAUCAUCUUUGGCGCUGAUUUCACACACGCACCACCAGGAGAGAACUCUGCAUCAUCCAUUGCUGCUGUGGUGGCAUCAAUGGACUGGCUAGAAAUCACCAAGUACAGAGGUCUGGUAUCUGCUCAACCACACCGACAAGAGAUAAUAGAAGAUCUAUUUGCUGUCAGUAAAGAUCCACAGAAGGGGCACAAUGUUAAUGGUGGCAUGAUCAGGGAGCUACUGAUUGCUUUCCGCAGGAAAACAAACCGCAGGCCUGAGAGGAUAAUAUUCUAUAGGGAUGGUGUAAGUGAAGGUCAGUUCAGCCAUGUGCUGCUUCAUGAAAUGGAUGCUAUCAGAAAGGCUUGUGCUUCUUUGGAGGAAGGAUAUCUACCUCCAGUCACGUUUGUGGUUGUCCAGAAAAGGCAUCACACGAGGCUUUUCCCUGAGGUUCAUGGAAGGCGUGAUAUGACUGACAAAAGUGGAAACAUUCUUCCAGGAACUGUGGUUGACCAAAGGAUUUGUCAUCCUACUGAGUUUGAUUUCUACAUGUGUAGUCAUCCAGGUAUUCAGGUUGCCAUUAAUCCCGAGCCAAAGUCAAGAGCAACGAACAGGGAAGUUCUUAAUGAACUCGUCAAGUUGCAUAGGAAGUCAACUCUGGGUGGCAAAUUGCCUGCCUAUGAUGGACGGAAGAGUCUGUAUACUGCUGGUUCGCUUCCUUUUGAUUCAGAGGAGUUUAUGGUUACCCUGGUUGAUCCGGAAAAGGAGGAGAAAGAAAGGGUGGAGAGAGAAUACAAGAUCACAAUUCGAAUUGCUGAAAGAACAGACAUGUACCACCUUCACCAGUUUCUGCGUGGAAGACAGAGGGACAUGCCUCAGGAGACCAUACAAGUACUUGAUGUUGUCCUCAGGGAGUCUCCGUCUUGGAAUUAUGUUACAGUAUCCAGAUCCUUUUUCUCUACUACUUUUGGUCACAGAGGAGACAUCGGCGAGGGGCUUGAGUGUUGGAGAGGUUACUACCAGAGCCUACGCCCAACACAAAUGGGGCUUUCACUGAAUAUAGAUAUAUCUGCAACAUCAGUUUUUAAGCCUGUGACAGUGAUCAAAUUUGUGGAGGAGUUCCUCAGCAUACGUGAUACCUCUCGGCCUUUGUCAGACAGAGAUCGUGUGAAGAUAAAGAAAGCACUACGCAGAGUUUGCAUUGAAACAAAUCAUCAACAGGACCAGAUCAGAAGAUGCAAAAUAACUGGGGUUACUCCCAUGCCUAUGAGCCAGCUGAUGUUUGGCGUGUCAACUAAAGUAGAAGAACAUAUUCACAGGAACAUUGCCACUUUUUUGGUUAAAGUUGAGGGUACAUCCAUCUCUGUCCGACAAAACUUGAGCACCACAACAAUCAAAAUGUUGGUAGAACAUGCAUGUGACAAGAGAGGCAUCAGGAAUUACGACGGUUACCCUGUUUUUCUUGGAAAGGUCUUAGAUGAUACUAAGCUUCUCUCUGACUGCAAAGUCUGCAACAAUUGCAUAGUCGAAGUCAGGGGCAGGGGCAGGGCUGGCCGGGAAAGACGGAUCAAGUGCACAACUUUUGAUGAUGAAAUGAAAGAUAUUGAUCUGUUCAGUGUGGUUUCCCCUCUUUCUAAGACUUUAACAAACACUAAAACCCAAGAAAAGAGUGCAACAUUCUUAUCUGGGCAAGCUAAAUGGUAUGGUCGCCAAGUGUUUAUCUCCUUGUGCAGGAUGCACUUCAGAAAAAGGAGCUUGGAUGGAAAAUUUAAUGCAAGUCACAUCCUCUUUCAUGAUGGACGGGUUGUGUUUGAUGAGAGUUGCAUGGAGGUGGAUUUUACUGGACAUUCCUGCAAAAAUGACUACGGUGUGAUCGCAGAAAUCUUUAAGAAAUGGUUUCGUAUCCCUGAUAAAGCAGAGAAAGAAGGUCCAUAUCCUCUCUUUGUUGCAGGCUUGAUUCGUUAUUUAUUUGAUUGUCCAUUGGGUGAGAAAUCAAAUAGUGCUGCUGCUAUUGCAUUCCUAGUUAACCAUCCUGCAUUGACUACUUUUAUGGAUCGGAUUGGGCAAUGCACCACGCUGGAUAGCAUGGUAGACAGACUUACUGAAUUUCAGAAGUUUGAAUUUGAUGAAGCAGUUGGAAGCUAUUAUGGUUGGAGUGAAAGAGUUGAAGAUGUUCCUGCAAUGUAUGAUACUCUAGUGUAUGAUCCUUUUAGGAGGGUUGAUGCACCAGAAGAGACUCUUUAUACUGAGAACCUAAGGAGUUGCUUGAAAUUUGCUAGAAACCACUUCAGGCAUGCAAGACCUGAUCUUUCGUUGGAGAGAGUUGAAGCCUCAUUUUCUUUGAAUUUGGUGGACUUUCUACCCAUGAUACUACAAGCAAUUGUCAAGAGUUUUGAAGGACCCCCUGCAUUUGACAUGGUGACAUUGCUUGGCGACCAUGUUGCAGACAUAAAGUGCAAGAGAGAUGUAGACGCGGAGAAUCCUGCAAAAGUGAUUGCGUCUCCUGCUAAGAAGCCGAAAAUAAGCUUUUCGUUACAGAAAAAAUGAGUACGUUGGAGGUUCUCAUCUUCGUCACUUGAAGAACGUCUCUGCCGGCUCACCAACCAAGCGUCAUCUUUCUUAUCCCCGUACCGCCGUCCUCGGCUCCGGCACCUGUUGCCGCAUCUGCUACC